AUACUGAGGAUUUGUGCAUCUAUUAAUUAAAUAAAAUUGGGAGAAACAGAGAAAUGAUGGAGACUGAAGAAAACAUUGUAAUUGUUGGUGCUGGCAUAGCUGGUCUUGCUACUUCUUUGGCCCUUCACAGGUUGGGGCUGCGGAGUAUUGUGUUGGAAUCAGCAGAUUCGUUGCGAGCUACUGGAUUUGCAUUGGCAUUGUGGACUAAUGCCUGGAGAGCUUUGGAUGCGUUGGGCAUUGGGGACUCUCUUAGACAACGUUCCUUAUCAAUUACUGGGCUUAAAAGUUUCUCAGCGGAUUCAGGUGCACCUAUCAAGGAGGUAUCAUUUGUGGGGAAUAACAGUGUUGAGUAUGAAAGUCGUUGUGUGAGGAGAAAAGAUCUGUUGGAGACAUUAGCUAAUGAACUGCCUCAAGGCGCGAUUAGAUAUUCUUCAAAGGUCGAUUCGAUUGAAGAAUCUGGACCAUUGAAAUUGGUACAUCUUGCAGAUGGUUCCACUAUUAGAACCAAGGCCUUAAUUGGGUGUGACGGAGUCAAUUCUGUGGUGGCAAACUGGCUUGGGCUUCAGAAACCUGUCUAUUCUGGGCGCUCUGCAAUUAGAGGCUUUGUUGAGUAUCCGGAAAAACAUGGUUAUCAGCCUAAGUUCCACGCGUAUUUUGGAGGUGGAGUUCGGUUUGGAUUUCUUCCUAGUGAUGAGAAGAGUUUGUACUGGUUUUGCACAUUCACACCAUCUGUUGUUCAUUUUGAUGGAAAUGCAGAACAAGAUCCAAUGAAAUUGAAGCAAUUCGUGUUGAACAAGGCUACUAAUGUGUCUAAAGAACUCUCCACCAUUAUAGACAGAACUACGCUCGACUGUAUAUCUAUCGCUCAGCUGAAAUUGAGAUUGCCAUGGAAUGUUCUGCUUGGGAAUAUUUUGAAAAAUAACGUUUGUGUGGUAGGUGAUGCACUUCAUCCCAUGACUCCUGAUCUUGGUCAAGGUGGAUGUUCUGCUUUAGAGGACAGUGUUGUUAUUGCAAAGUGCCUCGGAGAAGCCUUGACAAAACCGAUAACAGAACAAGAAGAUGAUGAAUCUACGAAGAUUAGAAAAGGACUCGAGAAGUAUGCUAAAGAGAGGAGAUGGAGAAGUUUUACAUUUAUCAGUGCUGCUUAUUUAUCUGGUUUCAUACAAGAGAGUGAUAACAAGAUAAUCAGUUUCUUAAGACAACAAUUUUUGGCUGGAGUCACUAUAUCAGUUACACUAAGAAUUGCUAACUUCGACUGCGGAAGAUUAACUGUUUCUUAGUAGCUCAAUUGGAUCCUUUAGAAGCUAUGAAUAUCCUUAUGGACUUUGUUUAAUAUCUAUCUAGCAUACAUGUUCUGGUUUAGUUGUGUCUAAGAAUUGUAAUACCGAAACGGAUCCUUAUUUUGCAAUAAUAAAAU